AUGGCGAACGAUUUCGAAUUGAACGACGAUAUUAGAAUAGAUUGUAAUUCAAAUGAAAUUGCAGUCGCCAUAAGUACGAAAUCAGGAGCCUUUAAUGGUAUGGUUUAUCCAAAAGGUUUAUCGAAAAAUUCAACAUGUUUAGCAGAAUUUUUACAUCAGAAAAGUCCAAUCAAAUAUCGUUUGCCUCUAAGGAGUUGUAAUACCAUGAGUACGGAAAUGGACGAUGGAGGAAUAGAAUAUUUUAACACAAUUGUUGUUCAGCCUCAUUUGAAAUUAGUAACAAAUCAAGGAAGAGGUUUUCACAUAAGAUGCAUAUACACAACAAAAGAUCAAACCAUCACACACAACAUGAAUUUCAGCAUGACGGAUUCGGAACCUUUGUUAGCGACAGCACCCAUGCCAGGAUGCACGAUGAAAAUAUAUUACGGUGAUCCGAAUAAUAAAGAAGUUGCUGAAAAUGUUAAAAUAGGAGAUCCAUUGACUUUGGUCAUCGCCAUUGAUUCUCAAUCCGUUUACGGUUUGAAAAUAUCCGAUUGUCUCGUUAGAGAUGGUUUAGGUUGGGGAGAACAAUAUUUGAUUGGAGAUGAUGGAUGUCCGGUCGAUGAAGAAAUAAUGGGAAAGUUUGAAUAUUCAGAAGACAAAACGGUGGCUUCCGUUAAAUUUCAAGCUCAUAAAUUCCCAUACACGGAUUCCGUUUAUUAUCAAUGUAAUGUUAAACUUUGCGUUAAAGCCGGAGGUUGUUACGAUACGCCACCUCAUUGCGAAAGAGGAGGAUCGGAGGGAAGAAUAAGGAGGCAAAUUGGGGGGAGCAACAGCACGGAUGAAGAAGGAGCACCGGCAACCAUCGAAGUUUAUAGCGGUUUAUACGUUAACGAAGCGACAGACGGUAAAAAUGAUCUCGUCGAUAACGUACAUAAAGAAAAGAAGGUCAACGAUUCGGAUCAAAUUUGCAUCUCGCAAAAGAAUUUUGCGAUAGGUAUUGCAAUUGCUGGUCUCAUACUUAUAUUAUUGGUCAUUUUAGCCAUUAUAUUUUUAUUGGCCAGAAGGAGAAAACAAAAAGAUACAGGAAGCACGGGAAGUUCCAUAUACAGUGGACCAUAUACAAAUACGGCAUACAGUCACAGCAGUUAA